UAUGGAGUUUGGCGCGUUGUUUGGUUGCGAGAGGGUGGCACGGUCUAGUGUUGUGUGGUAAAAUGACAGAUAGAACUGCACCGACCUCGUCGCUAAAGCUAGAAUGGGUCUACGGUUACAGAGGACACCAAUGCCGCAACAAUCUUUACUACACCUCAUCGAAAGAGAUCGUGUACUUCGUGGCAGGAGUCGGUGUGGUUUCCAACACGAGGGAAAACUCCCAGCGAUUCUUUCUUGGACAUAACGAUGAUAUUAUCAGUUUGGCAUUACAUCCUGAGAGACAAUUGGUAGCAACUGGACAGGUUGGGAAGGACCCAUAUGUCUGUGUUUGGGAUUCAAAAACAUGUCAGACAGUUUCCAUAUUGAAGGAUGCACAUCAACGAGGAGUCACCUGUUUGGCAUUCAACAAUACUGGCACACUUUUGGUGUCAGUGGGUUUGGAAGACUACCACCUGAUAUCAGUAUGGGACUGGAGAAAGGGGCGAGCAUUGGCAUCUGUCAGAGGACAUACUGAUCGAAUCUUUGACAUUCAAUUUAACCCUUAUCAAGAAAACUUGCUGGUGAGCUGUGGUGUGAAACAUAUCAAGUUUUGGACCUUGUGUGGAAAUGCUCUCAAUCCUAAAAAAGGAGUCUUUGGUAAAGCUGGAGAGAUUCAAACAAAUCUGUGUUUAGCAUUUGGUCCUAAUGAUGUUACAUACUCUGGAACCCUGAGUGGAGAAAUCUACAAAUGGAAAGGUCACAACUUGUCUGGAACUAUUCCAAAUGCACACAAUGGAGCAAUAUUUACAAUGCAUGGAAACAGUGAUGGAUAUGCCACAGGAUCCAAAGAUGGAACUGUUAUUCUGUGGGACAACAACUUUAAACCAAUCACAAAACUAGAGAUGAUCAACACUCCAGUUGGCUAUGAAGGUCUGUCUGUGCGAAGUGCAUACUGGAUGGGUGAAAAAAUUCUUGUCGGUACUAACGCUGGUGAGGUGUUUGAAGUUAUUGCGACGGAAAAGGAUAAACCAAAAACCAUUGUACAGGGUCAUGCUGAAGGAGAGCUCUGGGCUUUGGCUGUACACCCAAAGAAGCCAAUGUUUGCUACAGGGAGUGAUGACAGAAGUGUUAGGCUAUGGAGUAUGUUGGAUAUGACUCUGCUGGCGCGAACAGACUUGGAUCAGAAAGUGCGUUCAUUGGGUUUCAAUGCUGACGGCAGCCAUCUGGCUGUAGGGCUUGGUGAUGGGUCAUUCAUGGUUUUAAAAGCAAGGGAUCUUUCAGAAGUAACUCACAUAAAAGACCGCAAAGAAGUCAUUCAUGAAUUGAAGUACUCUCCCGAUGGACAACAUCUGGCUGUGGGAUCUAAUGACAACUUUGUGGAUAUCUAUUCCGUGGCUCAGCGUUACAAGAAAGUUGGAGAGUGCAAAGGCAGCUCAAGUUUUAUCACACAUUUAGACUGGUCUAUGGAUAGCAAGUACUUGCAAACCAACUCUGGUGCCAGUGAAAGGUUGUUCUUCAAGAUGCCAAGUGGCAAGCGUAUUGCAAACAAAGAGGAAGUGAAGGCAAUUCAUUGGGCCACAUGGACUGGUGUGUUAGGAGUGGAAGUAAAUGGAAUUUGGGAAAAAUACACCGAUACAAACGAUGUUAAUGCUUGUGAUGCCAGCUUCCAGAAUGAAGUCUUGGUUACUGGAGACGACUUUGGUCUUGUAAAGCUGUUUAGAUUUCCUUGUCUAAGAAAAGGUGCGAAAUUCAGGAAGUAUGUUGGACAUUCUGCACACGUGACAAAUGUGCGAUUUUCACAUGACACGAUGAGAGUGAUAAGCGUCGGCGGUGGGGAUCACGCAAUCUUUCAGUGGCGUUACUUGCCCGAAGGGUCACAUGAUGGUGGAGAUGACGUGGAUGGAGGGGCGUACCUAGAAUCUCACAGUGACGAGAGUGAUUCGGAAGCAUCUGAUGCUGAUGAACUUGACAGUGAUAUUGAAAAUGAACGUCAAAUUGACUAUGGCAGAACACUGUAUCGGGAGGACUUGCCAGCCUUGAAAGAAAGAUUGAAGCUCUCGAAAGAAGAACAACAAAAGGAAGACAGUGUACCGCGCCAGAGGCCUCCCAGUCAGGGCUUGAAAUUAGAGUUUGUGUUUGGUUACCGAGGGUAUGACUGUCGCAACAAUCUGUUCUACACUCAAAGUGGCGAGGUUGUGUACCACGUGGCUGCUCUUGGGAUUGUGUACAACCGUGAUCAUAAGCAGAGAUUUUAUAAUGCGCACACUGACGACAUCCUCUGCUUGUGUAUACACCCUGUGAGAGACGUGGUGGCGACCGGGCAGGUGGGUCGGGACCCUGCUGUCCAUGUAUGGGAUGCUGUGAAGAUGGAGACCUUAGCCAUUCUGAAGGGGCAACACGAGAGGGGUGUCUGUGCUGUCGACUUUUCAGGUGACGGGAAGAAGUUAGCCAGUGUGGGACUUGAUGAUAACCACGUGAUUGUGGUAUGGGACUGGAAAAAAGGAGAAAAAUUAGCAACAACAAGGGGACACAAAGACAAAAUAUUUGUCAUCAAAUGGAAUCCUCAAAACCCAGACCUUCUUGUGACAGCUGGCAUGAAGCAUAUCAAGUUCUGGACACAGACCGGUGGUGGCUUCACCUCCAAGCGAGGAACUUUCGGUAGCGCGGGGAAAGCCGAGACUAUGAUGUGUGCCACUUAUGGAAAGAGUCCUGAUUUGGUGUACUCUGGUGGAGCCAGUGGAAAAGUGUACAUAUGGCAGGGACAUGCUAUGCAAAACUCAGUGCAGGCUCACGAAGGACCUGUGUUUGCUAUGCAAGUGCUAGAAAAGGGCUUUGUGACUGGUGGAAAAGAUGGUACAGUUGGGCUAUGGGACGAUAAUUUCUCCCGCUGUUUAAAGAGUUACAAGGUCACUCGCACAAGUCUUAGUCCAGGUCCACCGGCUUCAAUUUUAUUGGAAGAUGUUCCCCCCAUCCGUGCUAUAACACUUGGACAGGGGAAAAUUUUGGUCGGUACCAAAAAUGGCGAGAUCAUGGAGAUUGACAAGAGUGGACCCAUCACAGUUCUCAUCCAGGGUCAUCUGGAAGGUGAACUGUGGGGCCUGGCCUCCCACCCAGCCGAGGAGCUCUGUGCGACAGUCAGUGACGACAUGUCAGUGAGAGUAUGGGAUUUAGCUGGUCAUAGGUUAAAGAAUGUACGUAAACUGACGAAACCUGCCAGGAGUGUGACGUAUUCACCUGAUGGAAGAGUCCUGGCAGUUGGAUAUAAAGACGGCAGUUUUCAAGUCGUCGACUCUUCAACCCUGGAUGACAUCGUCGGGUUUCACCACAGAAAGGAAGAAAUUUCAGACAUCAAGUUUUCACCUGGUCAAGGUAAAUAUUUGGCUGUAGCGUCACAUGACAACUUUGUUGACAUCUACAAUGUGCUGAGCAGUAAACGAGUCGGUAUCUGCAAAGGAAGCUCAAGUUACGUCACUCAUGUGGACUGGGACUCGAAAGGGAAGCUUCUCCAAACAAACUCAGGCGCUAAAGAGCGCCUGUUCUUUGAGGCACCUCGUGGUACACGCCAAGCUAUUGUGUCCAGUGAAUCCAAGAAGAUUGAUUGGUCCACGUGGACAAGUGUUCUUGGGGACGAUUGCUCAGGAAUAUGGCCGCCCCACUCAGAUAUCACUGAUGUCAACGCGGUCGAUUUAACCAAGGACAAGAAGAUUUUAGCCACUGGAGACGAUUUUGGCUUUGUGAAGUUGUUUGAAUAUCCAGUGCAGGGCAAACACGCUAAGUUUAAAAAAUACGUUGGACAUUCUGCGCAUGUGACUAACGUCCGCUGGACAAGCGAUGACAACCACUUAAUUUCUGUGGGCGGAGCCGACACAUCCGUCAUGGUGUGGUCACAUGCUCGAGCCCAUGGAAAAGAGGACACUGGCGGCGAUAGCGAUGACUCGGACACCGAUUCUGAAGAAGAAGGAGGCUAUGAUAGUGACGUUGAGAAGGAGAAAAAUCUCACGUAUGAGGACAAGAUUUACGCAAAUCCGAUACGAACCACAAAAGGUGUUAAGCCACACCUUAGGGAAAGACAGGAUGACGAGGAACACAGACCCGCGGUUAGUCGUGGUUCCAAAGCUCCCCCGAAGGUGAGACAGCUGGAUCGGCAAAGGGACUCGGGAAAAAAGAGAAGAUCCCAGCCCAUCCAGGAACUAAGUUUGGAAUUCAUUCAUGGCUACCGAGGUUUCGACACCAGAAAUAACUUACACUACCUCCCUGAGGGGGACAUUGUAUACCAUGCUGCGGGAGCAGGGAUCGUACUGAGCACCGCUAACGGUGUGCAGUCGUUUUACCUCGAACAUACUGAUGACAUCAUAUGUUUGACCACCAAUCAGCACCCUAAGUUUAAGAACAUUGUAGCAACUGGCCAGAUCGGUACAGAGCCGUGUGUGCAUGUAUGGGAUGCCAUGUCCAAGGAGACGUUAUCUGUUAUUCACGGAUUCCACACUAAGGGAGUUUGUGCUGUGAACUUCAGCUGCAACGGCAAGCUUUUGGUCACUGUAGGAAUUGAUGCUGCGCAUAGCAUUGCUGUGUGGAAAUGGGCUGAAGGAAAACUUGACAUUUACUGGAGCUAUGAACGGAGAUAUAUUUGUGUGGUCAGGUCACAAGCUUGCGAGGGUGGUUAGCCGAGCACACGGUGGACCCGUAUUCGCGAUGCACACAACAUUCAGGGAUGGACUCAUAGUUAGUGGCGGCAAGGACAAAGGGAACGCCAAGGAAGGCGUUGGCAUCAAACUGUGGGAUCAGGAAAUGAAACGGUGCCGCACGCUAUCCUUGGGUUCAGGUCCCUGUGUUGUACGGUCAGUCUGCAGAGGCAAGGGUAAAAUCCUGGUUGGCACAAAGGACAGUGAAAUAAUUGAAAUCACAGAGAAAGCAGCCACGUUACAGACCCUCGUUCGUGGUCACGGUGAGGGGGAGAUUUGGGGACUAGCCUGCCACCCGGAUAGAGAAGUGUUCGUGACAGCAAGCGAUGACCAGACAGUAAGGCUUUGGGACGUGGCCAGCAAGACGAUGGUAAAGAUGGCUCCAUUGGGCGUCGCCGCUCGUUCGGCGGCUUUCUCACCUGACGGGGAACUUCUUGCUGUAGGUCUUAAAAAUGGCGCUUUUGCUCUGCUGAAAACCGCUGAGCUAAAGAUCGUGGCGCAGAAGCGUGAUCGUCACCAAGCCAUUCAAGAUAUUAGAUUCAGUCCAGACGGAAAAUACUUGGCAGUUGGAUCAGACGACAGCUGUGUUGACUUCUAUGAGCUUCGCGAAGGACGACCUCUUUCACGUGCUGGUUACUGUAAGGGAAUUCCUUCGUUCGUCACUCAGAUGGACUUCUCUGCUGAUAGCAGGUUCAUUCAGGUCUCCACGGGCGCUUAUGAGCGUUUAGUGUUCACAGUUCCUAGUGGAAAUCCCUUGAAAGAUAGAAAAGAAAUCAACAGAAUCACUUGGGCCUCAUGGACGAGUGUUCUUGGUAAUGAAGUCAUUGGCGUUUGGCCUCGUAACGCUGACAAAGCAGACGUCAACUGCGCCAAUCUCUCGUCCAGCGGCCUCUCGCUCGCCACCGGUGAUGACUUUGGUUUUGUGAAGCUGUUUGAGUUCCCUGCCUCAGAGAAAUUUGCUCCCUUCAAGCGGUAUGUGGGUCACUCCGCUCACGUGACUAACGUGCGAUUCACUUGUGAUGACCGAUACUUGAUAAGUGCAGGGGGAGACGAUUGCUGUGUCUUUGUUUGGAAGUGUACAUAAACUGCAUUCCCUGGGAAGGUGGCGAUCUCGUAAAACACGACAACACCCAUUAAGAAGAAGUAAAGAGGACAUCGGGUCUGAAAAGAUUCAUCUCCAAAAGUAAAGUAAUUGUACGGUUGAAAUGGGAAGUACUUGGAGCUCUUCAACUUCAAACUGUGGUUAGCUUCACGGUGUACUUCGGAGACGACAUAUUUGUUUAGCCGAAGGAUUUAAUCAGAGAUGUUCAAAGCUGCUAAGGAGUGGAAACGGCUCGAGAAUGACGUCACGACUUGUGAAGAACCCUGUGGUGUUCGUUUUCAGAUUGGCAAAAAAGAAGUUAAAAAACGGUUUAAGUAUCUCUGGGUUUUUUUUUUUCCCUGAAAUCGCGAUCGAAGCGUGAGAGAAAGGUGUUAAUAGCGAAAGAACACAAUUUCUUUGAGAUUUUUAACCGUCCUUCAAAUGCGUUAAGUUCGUUAAGUUGAAGCAAAGAGGAAAAAACCUGGAAUCUACUGAAUCAGUAGAUUGAGAGGCGGCCAUUGGUUUAGGAAAUUCCGGAAUGUCAGUGAUGACGAAUUACGACAAGUUUUCUUCACCAAUCGGAGUGAAUUUUUUUCUUUAAGAGCCGAUAGGGAUUUAGUUGAGGAUUUGUUUAAAAAAAGUCAGAGAUGAAGGGGAUUCGAAGUGCCAAGAAAGUGGAAAGACUACUCAAAGUUUCAAAGCUGAUCUCUCCAGCUAUUUUGCGAUGGCUCCCAGUCUGUUUGCCUGAAGCCGACAUAAAUAGUCGUAACUUUGGUCUUCGACAAAUCAACUAUUAUUUAAUUGAAAGCACAUUUCUGUAUAGUUAGUACUGUAGGGUCUUAUCUUAACGAGGAAAGGAAAUUAUUAAAGGUCUCGAGGGCUUAAUAAAUUAUAAAACAUAAACAACUUCA